UCCUCCCCGUAGAUAUGCAAACGAGGUUACGAACGUAGCUCUUCUGCCAAUCAGCAGCAGCAGCAGCGGAACAGCAGCAACAGCCGCAGCUGGAGAAAGAGAAGAGAGCGAUCGCGGGCGCGCGUGCGUGCGUGUGGCAGGGCUUCAUGCAACUUCGCUGCUGUCAGCCUGUAAGGUCAUCCGUCCUGACUAAGGCGCUGCUCUUUCUCUUCUUCCCUUUGACAGAUGCAUUGGGUUUUUCUGCUUAGCUCAGAAGUAUUUGGGCACGUCGGAGUUGGCUUUAUCCUUUCCGAAUUGACCUCACAGAUCUAAAGCUGUCUUCCUGAAGCCACUUUUGUGUUGGCAACUGCAUGUGGAGUUGGAAGGAUUAUAGAGCACUCUACUUAUUUUGUACAUAAUUAUGGAUCUUUGCUUACACACUGAACAAAGCAAGAUUCCUCAGGGAUUCCAUGAAGAUGGUUGUCCCAGGGAGUGCCCCUAUAAUUCAGCCAGACCACAGUCUUGGAACUGAACUAGGCCGGGGCUCAACAGAGAGCUCUGUGAUGGGCCCAGAUGCAGCACCAGUGGCUGAUCAGGUAGGCCCUGAGCUGGAAGAGGUGCGGAAACUGCAAGAACUUGUGAGGAGACUUGAGCUCCAGAAUCAGCAGUUGAGAACUAGAAGCCUCCAAAGUGUGCCGGAGGCAAAAAUGCUGAGCCAAGCUGGCGCUGGAGUGGAUAAUUGCAAUUCCAGGUUCAAUGGGAUGGAAAUGAAUAAUAGCAUCAACGCUUUGAUGGACAAACAGGAAUUGCAGAUAGUGGCAGACCUGCACUCUGCACUGAAUAAAAUGAGGUCAGAUGCAGAGGAGAGUGAUGAGUUCUUGAAAAAGGAUGUAGAGGCCACAGUACAGCACAACUAUGCCAGUGGUUGUGGGAAAGAACCUCCCAACUCAAAGCCUGCAAGCAAUCCAGAAAUGCAGAAUAGUGAUGCUAACACCAAUGACUUCUCUAAUUGGGAUUGUGACAGCACAGUGCUAGAAGAAGACUUCACCACGGGUAUUGAUCCAGGACUGAGUGAAGGAGAUAUAGAUGUAGAAGACCUCUUGAAAGAGACAACUCUGGAUGAAGUGGAAGUGUUAGAGCUUGAGAAUGGCAGUGAUGAAGAGGACAGCUGGCUAUAUGUGUCUCCAAGAAAGUCAUCAACAGAUGCAAAAGAGUCUCCCCUGAAAUGGUGCAGGCAGGUGUUGGAUCACCCCAGUCCUGAGACAGAGGCAGCUCGCCGUACCUUAAUCAACAGACUCGACCAAGCCAGUAGGUGGAAAUCCCUGUAUUGCAGUCCACUGGCAUCUCCAAGUGUGCAUAACUUGAAUACAGACACAGGGUCCGGUAGCAAUACACUAAACACUCCCGGGCACUACAAAUCAACUAACAAACCGCUACUAACUUGUGGCAGCUCAGGUUAUUUGAGCAUGCAUUCAGCAUUGAGCUCUCAGUCUUCUGUUGACAGCGAACUCAGUACUUCAGAUGACUCUAUCUCGAUGGGAUACAAACUGCAAGACCUGACAGAUGUGCAGGUUAUGGCCCGCCUACAGGAAGAAAGUCUUCGUCAGGAAUGUGCCUCCAGCUCAGCCUCUGUUUCCCGUCGUAGUUCCAGUGCUUCUUUGCAUUCCUUGCGCAGAGGCACCUACAGUGACCAGGACUUUGACACGUACAGUUUGGAGGAUGAGGAUGAUGACUGCUCCUUUUCCUAUCAUAGUAGUCACAGGUACUCACCAUCCCCACUGAGCUCACCACGGUGCCAAUCUCCAUCCACAAACACAGACUUUGGAAGGACAACAAGCACUCGGAUUCAGCCCCCACGGAGAACAAUGCAAAGUCCCAUGCAAGAUCGGCUGAAAUAUUCUGGGAAUGAAGAGGAGCUACGGCACAGCAUGCCUAACCUGGCCAAAACAGGGCUGCGUUCCUUGGAGUCUGUAAGGAACAGCCGAAGCUUGGAGUCAGACUUGCAGGUUCCCAGUAGCCGACUCUCUAGAAUCAGUCAGCCAUCAGCUAGUCUGGCUCCAAGUAAGCUCCGCUAUUCUUCUGGUGGUGGGCAGUCCCACUUAACAGUCCGACAGCCAAUGAAAGCAGGCUCCUGUGCCAACAGUCUCCUAACACCACGGCAGCCCGUUAGAGCUGCUGGUUUUGCCAAUCCUGUAGGCAGAGUCAGAAAGCUACAGUCGUCUACACUGCAUCCAGGUCCUACAGGUGGCAGCAGUUCCGUGGCUAGAAGCAAUAGUACGGCCACGGGAGCAAAAAAUUCCCUGACAAAAGGUAGAAUGUCAGUUGGGGGAACAUCCUCUCCAAAGAACAAGCUGACCCAGCCAGCCAAGAGAUUUCCAAAGGCCAAUGUUUCUGUCGAUGACUCUUGGAAAGAAGGGUGUUACUGAGCCAGUGUGAAGAAGCUGAUAAACAGUGACCAGUUGAUGGGGGGAUAGUUGGACAAAAGCCCAGCUGGCUGGGCAGCAAGAGAAUCUUAAAAUUGCACCUCUCUUCAGUGCCACUGCAGUUGACCAACAGGACACAAUAUAUUUCUGAAUCCAGACCACUUCUUGCCUUUGCUUUGUUUCAGUGGUGGAAUUGACUGCCUUUUUUGUUCCUGCUAUUAUAUUCUUACUGCUGAGCCCUGAUACCAGUAGCGUUUUGUACUUGGAAGGGUAGAAGCCUACCUGAUCACACUUGAAGACUUGCUCCUGGUGCCCACAGGGAGGGAAGAGCAUGGGAUAGAGCUCCUGUGGUAUUAAAAACAUUUGAUUCUGUGGCUAUUUUGUUUUGCUAAAGGCAUCUGGAGAAGUAGGCAUAAUUAGAAAUCAUUCUUUAACAGUGUCACCUGGAGCACCCGAACUUUCCCAGGAAACUCAGAGGUUUUUUACUUGUUCCAAAUAGGGGUGUCCUCACAACUUUUAUUAGUGCAGAGGCUGAAACAGGUUUUUUAAUCAUUGAUAGUACACUUGACAAAUUUGUAUCACUUGUUACAGGAGCGUGUCUUAACUUAAGUAGCAGCAAUAUUUUGAAGACUCUUGUGUGGUCUUGCCUGAAGGGUUGCUAUGUACCUUGCAGUGAAUUCAUGUGUACCUAUCUGCUCUUUUCCUUAUAUUUUAUCUGAGCAAGACCUGUCACUGGUGUGGAUAGUACCACAUCUGAAAGCUGAACAUGUUUCUCAUCCUGGUCAUCUUUACCUAAUCUCAGAUGCUAAAAUCUUCCUUUCUGCUUUUGUACAAAUCUUUUUCUAUUGUACUUUUUUUAAAUGAAGGAACUUAAGCUUUUAAACUAAAUCAGUGGCUGCUGGUGCUUGCUAAAUACAACACAAUCAUCAUAAUUAGGAAUGUAAACCAGCCUGCCACCCCUACUUCCUGCCACCAAUGUGACUUGAUAUUGUAGUUAAUAAAUGUGAAGGGGCUAGUACUACCUUCUCCUAGUCGCAAA